AUGUCAUUAUGCGACUUGGAUUACCUGCUCCAGCCAUACCGACUGAUCGUGCACCUGGCCGAGCAGACCGACUUCGAGCCAGGAACCCCACCGCAUGCCAUGCGCGUCUUCCUGGAUCGGAGCACCAGCGGCGCUGACAACGGCAAGGGCACCAGCAAGGGCAUGCAGACAAGGCUGCGGGAGCUCGGGUAUUUGCCUUUCACCGAGCUGCAGCGGAAGGUGUGCCGUCCGAUCCUGGAGGGCCGGGACGUGCUGGCGGUGGCGCCUGCAGGCCGCGCCCGGCUGCUGGCGUUCCUGGUGCCGUUGCUGGACCGCGCCAAGGUGGAGAGGUGGGCCCUGGACGACUGCGCGGUGGUCCUGGCGCCCAGCCGCAGAGAGGCGGAGCGGAUCUACGUGGCGGCCAACGCGCUGCGCAAGUGGUCUUUGCGCACCGUGCUGGUCCGUGAAGGCGCGGAGGCGGCUUCGGCGGCGCUGGUGCGGCGGGGCGCCAACCUCGUCGUGGGCACGGCCCAGCGGGUGGAGGAGCUGCUGCGGGAGAAGGCGCCGGAUGUGGCGAAGGUGCGGGUGCUGGUGCUGGAGGAUGCGGGCCAGCUUGUGUCGCAACCCGCCCUGCAAGGCGUGCUGCAGCUGCUGAAGACGAGAAAGUGCCAGCGCCUGGCGUUGGGCGACGAUGUGGGCGCGGUGCAGGAGCAGCUGGGCUUCCGAGACCCCGUCCUGGUGGACGCGAGCAGCCGCCCGCCGCUGCCGCUGCAGGCGGCGCACGUCUGCGUGGAGAUGCCGAGCAGCGCCACGAAGCGCGCGAGGAUGCUGGCUUACCUCCUGGACGAGCAUCUCUCUGAGGAGGACGGACAGGCGAAGAAGGCCCUGGUCUUCGUGCGGAAAGGCGAGGCCGCGCAGCUGGCCGGCCACGCCAUGCUGCGCCAGCGUGUGCUGGCGGUGCAUGAGCAGAUGGCUCCAGAGGAGCAACAGGAGCUGCUGGCUCUCUUCCGCACGCUGCCAAGCUCGGUGCUGCUGGGCACCGACGUGGCGCUGAAGGGCCAAAACCUGCCGCCGGUGCCGCUGGUGCUGCAUCUGUCCAGCCCGCCGACCCCCGACAUCUACCUGAGCCGAGUGGCGCGCCUGGGCGCUUCCAAGGGCCGGCGCUCUUCCUCAGCGCAUGGAAGCGGGGCCACGUCGCUGCUACUCUUCGGGCCCCACGAAGUCUCGCGCCUCAGGGACCUAGAGCGGGAGCUGGGCUUUCGCCUCACCGCAGUGCCUGCACCUUCGGAGAGCGCGGUGCGUUCCGCAGCGUUGCAGGCCGUGACCAAGGAGCUGCAGCUGGCGGCACGUCAGUACGACGCCGCCGCCUUCGAGCCGGACGCGGAGCAGCAGCUGGAGCUGCACGGCCCGCGGCUGCUGGCGGCGGCGCUGGUGCUGCUGGAGCGCCGUCGCCGGGGGGAGGAGUGGCUGUCGCCAUUGUCUGGGCGUCCCCGGUACACGCCGCUUCUGCUGGCUGACCCGCACCUGGAGAAGCUGCGGACCCGGCAGUCGGUGGCCGCGGCGCUGCGCCGGGCGCUGAAGGCUAAAGGCGCCGCGGUGGGCGAGAGCCAGGAGAAGGACACUCCCCAGAUUGGGCGCAUCGAGCUGACGCGGAAAGGCUGGCUGGUGGAUGUGCCGCGGGGGCUGGUGCCCUUGUUGCUGGAAGGGCACCUGAAGGCCCUUUCCGUGCCGGUGCUGCCGGUCACGGAGCUUCCUGAGAUCUUGGAGGAUCAGCGCCUCCAGAGCAACGCCCGGGCCGCGCGCAGGCGCCGCGGAGGAGGAGGGGUGCCGCUGUUCGAGCGUCGGCGGCAGCAGCGCCAGGUUUCUCUACCCAUCCGGGCGGCGAACGCUCUUUGGCGCCGGCCUCAGCACGAGUAUCCAAGCGGCGAGAAGCCGUGA